UGCACACGCAGACAUGUUGGCCUUGAUGCUGGCCGGUGCUCUUUUCUUCUCGGGAAUUUUCCUGCUGUCCAGUCACGUUCUGAAGAACAAGAUGGGAUGGAACCGGGCCGACGCCGACAUCGUGUCAGCACGUGCUGUGUCGUCCUUCCAAGCCGUGAUGGCGUCGGCAGCGGGAUGUGUCAUCGCCGCUGCCUGCCGCGGGGACGUCGUUGAAGACAGGCACUGGUUGGCGGAAGCGUAUGUUGCGUUCGCCACACCAUACUUUUUGUACGACGUGUACGCCAUGUUCCUGUGCGACCGGCAUAAGCGCGAGGUCAAAGGUCACCGGGACGCCACCUGGGCGGCUGCAAUGGGCUUCCUGCGGCGAGAGACUUUGAUGGUGUUCCAUCACGUCUUUGUCGUCGUCUUCUGCUCGCCAGCGUCACUGGUGUGGAGGCGUGGCAAAGGCGACUUUUUCCAGGGCCUUUUGUUUCUUGCCGAGCUCAGCACGCCGUUUGUGUGUCUUGCUAAAGUCCUCAUACAGUUGAAGCGCACGGACACGCUGGUGUUCAAAGUCAACGGCGUGGCGGCGCUCGUGGCCUUCUUCGGCUGCCGCGUGGUGCUCUUCCCGUCUAUGUACCUCAUCUACAGCAGGUACGCGCAGGUGCCCUUUUACCGGGCGGUCCUUGGGGCCCCGUGGCCAUGCAGCGUGGGGGCGUGUGUGCUGUGGCCCCUCCAGAUCUUUUGGUUCUCGCUCAUGUGUGGCCACGCCCGCCGCAGCCUCACGGGAAGUCGCGCGACACCAUCCGGAUAAUGCACUUCCCGCACGAGAAGAAAACUCUUUUUUUUCAUGACUUCCUGACCGGAGAUGAAGGUGGCCUUUACAUUUAGAUCGUCAUCCAGCAACACGAAGUCUGUAAAAAAAAACAAAAACCAAAAGGGACAAAGCUAAGUGUAAUCCAGAUUUCUUGACAGAGCAGCGAUCCAAAGUCUAGACACCCGUGAGCUAAUGUUAGGUGAACAACAAAUGAAUCGCUGAUUAUUUUUGCCUCGAGGUGACGAAUCAUCUCAAAUACAGUGGGGCAAAUAAAUAUUCAGUCAACCACUAAUUGUGCAAGUUCUCCCACUUGAAAAUAUUAGAGAGGCCUGUAAUUGUCACCAUGGGUAAACCUCACCCAUGAGAGACAGAAUGUGGGGGAAAAAAACCCAAAGUAUUUUGUCAAUACCAAAAGUUCAUCUCAAUACUUUGUUAUGUACCCUUUGUUGGCAAUAACAGAGGCCAGACAUUUCCUGUAAUUCUUCACAAGCUUUUCACACACUGUUGCUGGUAUUUUGGCCCAUUCUUCCAUGUAGAUCUCCUCUGGAGCAGUGAUGUUUUGGGGCUGUCGUUGGGCAACACGGACUUUGCUCCUGGUGCUGCGUCACCAGUAGGUAGAUGACGAUGUAGUGUAAAGCGCUUUGAGUGCCUUAAGGUGGAAAAGCGCUAUACAAGUAUAACACCAUUUACCAUUUCAACUCCCUCCACAGAUUUUCUAUGGUGUUUAGAUCUGGAGACUGGCCAGGACACUCCAGGACCUUGAAAUGCUUCUUACGAAGCCACUCCUUUGUUGCCCUGGCUGUGUGUUUGGGAUCAUUAUCAUGCUGAAAGACCCAGCCACGUCUCAUCUUCAGUGCCCUUGCUGAUGAAAGGAGAUUUUCACUCAAAAUCUCUCGAUAAAUGGCCCCAUUCAUUCUUUCCUUUAAACAGAUCAGUCGUCCUGGUCCCUUUGCAGAAAAACAGCCCCAAAGCAUGAUGUUUCCACCCCCAUGCUUCACAGUGGGUAUGGUGUUCUUUGGAUGCAAUUCAGUAGUCUUUCUCCUUCAAACACGAGAACCUGUGUUUCUACCAAAAAGUUCUAUUUUGGUUUCAUCCUACCAUAACACAUUCUCCCAGUCCUCUUCUGGAUCAUCCAAAUGCUCUCUAGCGAACCGCAGACAGGCCUGGAUGUGUACUGGCUUCAGAAGGGGGACACGUAUGGCAGUGCAGAAUUUGAGUCCCUGGCGGCGCAUUGUGUUACUGAUAGUAGCCUAUGAUACUGUGGUACCAGCACUCUGUAGGUCAUUCACAAGGUCCCCGCGUGUGGUUCUGGGAUUUUUGCUCACCGUCCUUGUUAUCAUUUUGACGCCACGGGGUAAGGUCUUGCAUGGAGCUCCAGAUCGAGUGAGAUUAUCAGUGGUCUUGUAUGUCUUCCAUUUUCUAAUUAUUGCUCCCACAGUUGAUUUCUUUACACCAAGCGUUUUACCUAUUGCAGAUUCAGUCUUCCAAGCCUGGUGCAGGUCUACAAUUUUGUCUCUGGUGUCCUUCGACAGCUCUUUGGUCUUGGCCAUAGUGGAGUUUGGAGUGUGACUGACUGAGAUUGUGGACAGGUGUCUUUUAUACCGAUAAUGAGUUAAAAUAGGUGCCACUAAUACAGGUAACGAGUGGAGCCUCGUUAGACCUCGUUAGAAGAAGUUAGACCUCUUUGACAGCCAGAUAUCUUGCUUAUUUGCAGGUGACCAGAUACUUAUAUUCCACUGUAAUUUGGAAAUAAAUUCUUUAAAAAUCAAACAAUGUGAUUUUGUUUUUUUCCCACAUUCUGUCUCUCAUGGUUGAGGUUGACCCAUGUUGACAAUUACAGGCCUCUCUUAUCUUUUCAAGUAGGAGAACUUGCACAAUUGGUGGUUGACUAAAUACUUAUUUGCUCCGCUGUAGUUUAUUGGAUUGCAAUCACAAUUCAAAAGUGAAUUCUUUCUACAAACAGUAGGUUUUAAAAUUGGUCACGGUAACGCCCACUAAUAUGGGGAGCGCCGAAGAGGCAGGCAAGCUCGUUUUGAAUUGGCAACUUCCUGGUUCUAAACUAAGCCGCAUCAAACAUACAAUAUAUGUAUAAUGCAAUACGUAGAUCUAUACAUGUGCAUUUGCUGUGGCUUGAGUACAGUACUUUUGAACAGUAGGAAAGUUGAUGUUUUACCUUUGUGUGUGCGAAGUAAGUGGAAAUAUGUUGACGUGACAUUAGGGUCAAUGUGAAAACAGUGCAUUUAAGCAGAUUUGGUUCAUCUACCAGUCACUGUUUUAAAACUUGUAAGUAGAGUGGAGAUGAUAUCGGAUAAUAUCGACAUCGGCAAUAUGAAUGUUGCUUUCAAUGUGAAUGUAGAAGCCAUUUGCCUCUGUACAACGGCUGGUCACAGCUUAGCACAGCAGUUAUGCUUAUUGACAAUUCAGAUGUCUGCUAAACUAAGAUGCUUGUGAUUUGUUAUGUGAGCAGAUAAUUUGCAUUCGUGGUGCAAAAAUUAAAUGAUAGAAAAAUAAUGAAUUAGAAAACUCAUGAAUCAACCAUAAUAUGUUAAAGGCUAAGUUCAGAAUUUUUGACAUUAGGCUAAAUUUUCGAGUUAGCGGGGAUUUAAUUAGUCAGGAGAGUUGGUUUCAACAAAUUCCGUGCAGUUUGUUAGUUAGUUGCAGGGCUCCGGAGUGGCUAAGCUAGCGCGAGUCAAUGGUGCUUGCUAGCAAGCCAAUAAAAAACAACAUAUGCACAAUUGAGAAUCACUGAUGACCCAUGCAAUCAAUAGUGUUGGCUUUGUUUUCAGGAUGAAGUUAUUGGAACUUAACCUUGCAUGUCAAUAAUUGUAGUUUGAACAGCAACAUUUGUAAUCCAGCAGCUCUGCAGGGAACAGGCUGUCUAGGCAAGUAGGGCGGAGUGACGUCACAUUGUUUUAAAAAAAAUUUUUUUAGUGGUCACGAAAGGGACUUCCCAUCCACCAUAAAUAAAUCACCCUGAUGGACUAUAUUGUUUACUCUUAGACCCCGACAUGGUUUUGUUUGGACAGUUAGAUCUGGUAAUAUCAUUUUUUUAUUGGCAUGCUAGGAAGCACUUUUGACUCGCUUUAGCUUAGCUACUCAGAAGCCCUGCAUCUAGCAAACAACUAACAAACAGCAUGGAAUUUGUUGAGACCGACUUGAACUAAUUAAACCCACCGCUAACUCGAAAAUUAAGCCUAUUGUCAAAAAUUCUGAACUUCUUCAAGUCCACAACUGCAUAUAUGAGAAUUGUUUUGAUAUCGGUAACGGAGUUUGGAGUUAGACAGUAUCAGGAUAUCGGUUAAAAAGUCAGUAUCAGACAACUCUACUUGUAAGCCCUAUUGGCAAAGCAAAGGAUUCCAAAUGGACCUGCGUCCGCUCCAAAGUCAAGCGUUCCUUUGCGCUGGCUGAUUCCCAGUAGUUGCGCGGGGUGCAGCGACGCCGCUUCCAGAGCUGCUUCUAUGCUGCAGGCUACACAAAAGGAAAAUUCAUCACCUUCUAUCCUCACCGCAUCCCCGGUAGGUGCCAACUCACCCGUGGCGUGUCUGAAGUGCCGGACGCACAUGUCCAUGCUGGCGAUGCUGCCGCUUAGCGUCUGUGUGCCUUCCGUGGAGAGUGAAGAUGAUCAUAGCCACACAUCAGGCGAGAUGUGUUCAUCCAAGAUUGAAAAAUGUGAGUUCUUACCUGCUACAAAAACUUGCAGGCCGCAGAUCUCAACUUCUUGUUGGCCAAGUGUGUGUCGUCCCGGGGGAAGGCCCAUGGCCGCAAUGGCGUCUGUCACCAGUACUAAACCUAAAGACCGCCGGCGACACAUCAAUCAUUUUCUUCCCUCCCAAUUCAAAUGGACUGGAUGUUUAUCAGUGUCUAUGGCAGCCAAUGAGUUAAAGUGCAUGUGACACGAAAAAGCAUGUUUAUUUCAUAAUACACGCGGUAUUUUAUGCUCUGGAUGUGUGUGGAAGCGAUCGCUAUAUUUAUUUAGUUUUUUGAAUCCCGCGCCAUGAAAAUGAGUGACUUCCGGCUUCGGUCUUGCAUUGAGGAGGAGGGCGCUGUGACGUGUACGGAAGAAGGACUCCUCUUCACUAUACAGCCUACUGUUGUGUAUGGGACUAAGGAUUCAGUUGAUUUUUCGGAAUAAUACGCUUAUUUUUCGCAUCACGCCAUUCAAACGGCUGCAGAAAAAUCUUGCUGUAUGAGGGAGAGGCAUGAGCGCCUUUUUGGAGUUUCAAAAGAUUCACAUUCACCAUGGAUAUUGGCCAAAACAAGCCCUACUACUGUGGGACCAUUGGACUUACGAGGAAGUGAGUAAACAUCUUGUUUUGUAUUAUGUCAAAUACGAAUACAGCGAUUACAAAGUAAACACUACAAACUUUCUUUAAAUAAAGGACUACUUACGUUUGAUCAUUGAUAGACAUGUAAAAAGCUCUCCUCAUGCACAUUAGCUGCACAACAACUGCAGCCGCCCUUCUCCGGGGAACGAGCUGUAAAUUGCUGUCCGCCGGGCGGUUUGCAGAACCGCGAAGACAAUCGACAACCCAGUCGUCAUGUCAAAUAAUCCGGGUUAGUUAUGUGUGAUUUUCCGCUUCGAAGACUUUGAAAGAUCACUCGGUUCGGGCUAGCAUGUCGGCUAGCUGUCAUGCCUCUUGGUUUGUUUACAUUCUCCGAAGCCGGGGAAGGGAAAUGACUUAUGUCCGAUUCAGGUGUCAUAAAAUAUCGUUCGGGAGGUGCGACAAUAAAGGUGAAGUUGACAGUUUUGACCAUUAUGGAGUAAUGUUGCCAUGUCGUCCUGAAUAAGUGCAUUUUUAUUAUUUCAUAUUCCAUUUAGCAUAAGACUAUUAUUUGUCAUGACCAUGCCAUUUAUUUUGCAGUUGGGGAAAAUACUUGGAUAAAAAGAAUAUCCUGUAAAAAUAUUGAAGUAAAGAGACAGAAACAAUGACAUUUUGCAGAUCUCUUCGUCGCGUUUUCCUCAUUGUGAAUAGUUCCCCCUCGACGGGCUGACUGGUCCUUUUCAAGCCAUUUAUUUAGCUAUUGGGGAAAAAUACUUGGAUAAAAAUAAUAUCCUGUAAAAGUAUUGGAGUAGAGAGACUGAAACAAUGACAUUUUGCGGCUCUCUUCGUCGCGUUUUCCUCGUUCUGAAUAAUUCCCCCUCAAUGGGCUGUAUAGUAAAACCGAUGAGCCCAGUCUCCCGCUGACGUCAUCCACCUGUUGGGGACGCUUGAGCCCUAUAAUGGUAGGCGUGGCUAACCGGCAGAUUAAAAGACUAAUUUCUCGUCAUCUGCGCGUUGCUAAUUUGUUGUAUAUAGUCGAAUCGUCUCAAAAUAUGAUUGUAAUUCACAUAAUAAUGCUAUUUAAGACUUUUUUUCUCCUGUCGUAUGCUCUUUAAGCCUUUACAGGGCAAGUGACUGAUAAUUUAAAAAACUUAAUUUUAAUAUUUUUAUGGUAAUCUUUGUAAAAUUAUUAUUCUAUGUACACAUUUAUAAAAAAAUUUAUUUUGAUGGGAAUUUUUCAUUUUUUAAAGGGUAUGAAAACGCAAAGGGGAUGUGAGACAUCAAUAGAACCGUUAUGUGCCAAGAUAACAAAUAUUGAUAAAGUUAACAAAAAAAUCAAUCACAUUAAUGAGCAAUUAUCGAAAAUAGAUCGAAAAUGACGAACAUUUCCGAAAGUGUUCCGGAAACAGCUGAAUGGGGCGGAGACGUCAUAACAAGGAAACAAAAGGUCGAGGCAGGUGCCAUCGUUGUUUAUCGACGAGAGAGUUGCGUUCGUGUUUUAUCAAAAAAAUCGCUAAAAUGGUUCAAACCUGUCAUGCUAUGUGGUGUACAAAUAGCCAUUUGUCGCAAUGUAGUACCCAAGAGUUCCCGAACGCGAGAAAAAGAGCUGGACUACGCAGACAAUGAGUAAAGUUCGUCAGUGCUAAGAGGGCUGAUUUUGCAGACCCAGCCUCCGGCACGGUUUUGUAUGGUGCGCAUUUUAUACCUGAAAGCUAUACGAACUAUGGGCAAAUGAAAUCAGGGUUUGAUAAGAAAUUGCUGCUGAAAGCAGAUGCAGUGCCCGGUGAGAGAGGACGAUGACUGGCUCUGAUGAGACCACCUCACCACCCCAGGCAAAGCAAAGGAGGGAAAUGGCCAGAGUGAGUACUCUUUUAUAAUAAAAAACAUAUCACGCAUUGGAUAUAGGACUGGACACAUGUAUAAAUUAUCACUCGUAAAAUAUAUAGAACAAAUCCUCUAAUCCCAUUCAUAUUUGUGUCGGUUGGCAGAGCGAAACCGAUGAUAGCAUAUUAAAUGAUAAUUAUUCUAUACGUUACUUUAUUUUGCGAUCACGGUAUAUCAGCUUCACAAAAAGAAAUGCAAAACAAACCAUUCGGUGAUUUUGUUGCCGCCGGUGUUUCAUCAGUGUGAUUGCUCCCCUCAAUGAUCCUUUCAUUAAACUGCAUUGGCUUUCGUUUGGGCUCAAACUGAUAACCCAAAACACCAAAGAAAGGUUCAUAACUCUCCUCGUCACCAUUAGAAGAAUGUUCGUUACGUCGGAUUCGUCGCUGCAAAUAGAAACAAAAUUGUCCGCCAUCAUCGCUACCAUUCAGUACUAAGCACUGAGCUGGUUGUUUCCCUAUAGUGACGUCACGCACACAAUAUGCUAGAUUUCCGGCAUCUCGGAGGCGGGUCCUUUUAGCUUGACAAUCGACCUAAUUUCUAUCAUUUUCUUGGUGUUGCGAUGUGUGUAAUUACACGAAGUGGCAUGAUAUGAAUUCAAAAGGCAUGCGUUGAUGGAUAAAUGAUGGAAUAUUAGCAUUUCCCCAGGUGUUGUCAUACCCUUUAACCUUUUCAUGCACGAAUUCUGAUUUCUUAAAAAUGUUUAUUACAUUCAUAAAGGACAAUAGUCUUAAACUUGCAGCCCAGAGGUCAAUUGUGGCCCACGGGGCAAUGUUUCAUGGCCCCCAUUUGACAUCCAAUGGCAGUAUUAGUGUUGCCCGCACAUAUUUUGAAAUGGACAAUAAAAAACUAUAAUAUAAUUUGAGAUAAAAUAAUUUAAUUAAUUGAAGGAUCCAUUUUUGAGAAAAAAAAAAAUAGUAAAACAUAAAAUCGAAUAA